AUGCCUACCAAAGGACGCAGCACCGCCGGAGCCAAAGUCUCCCCACCCAACUCGGCGCGCGCCCAGUCUGCUCCGGGUAAGGCCGCGCAAACUCAGGCCAAGGAGGCGCCCGCAGCUCGCACGUCAGGCGGGGCCGCACGCACGACGCCGGCCGCCGCGAACGGCGCGCCCGCUCCCCCCGUUACCCGCGGUUCGAAGAAAUGA